AACAAAAGCUGCCAUGGAAGGAAGAAAAUCUUCAGAGACUGCAUCUGCUGAGGACAAAAAUAAACAUGACGAUCAAAGUAAAGAGCGUGAGGCUGCUCCAGACUCACCUUCAAAACAGCUCCCUGACCAGAUUUCCUUCUUCAGCGGGAAUCCCUCAGUUGAAAUUGUUCACGGCAUUAUGCAUCUGUACAAAACAAACAAGAUGACCUCUUUAAAAGAAGACGUAAGGCGCAGCGCCAUGCUGUGUAUCCUCACGGUCCCUGCUACGAUGACCAGCCAUGACCUGAUGAAGUUUGUGGCCUCCUUCUAUGAAGUAAUUGAGCACAUGAAAAUCAUCCGAGAUUCCACUCCAAACCAGUACAUGGUGCUGAUAAAGUUUAGCUCACAGGCUGAUGCAGAUAGCUUUUAUAUGGCAUGCAAUGGCCGGCAGUUCAACUCUAUAGAAGAGGAUGUUUGCCAGCUCGUGUAUGUGGAAAGGGCUGAAGUCUUCAAAUCGGAAGAUGGGGCCAGCCUACCUGUGAUGGAUCUGACAGAGCUCCCAAAGUGCACAGUGUGCCUGGAGAGGAUGGAUGAGUCUGUGAACGGGAUCCUUACCACACUGUGUAACCACAGCUUUCAUAGCCAGUGUCUGCAGCGGUGGGAGGACACCACGUGUCCUGUCUGCAGAUACUGCCAAACGCCUGAGCCAGUGGAAGAGAACAAGUGUUUUGAGUGUGGAGUUCAAGAAAACCUUUGGAUCUGUUUAAUAUGUGGGCACAUAGGCUGUGGCCGGUACGUGAGUCGACACGCUUACAAACACUUUGAGGAAACCCAGCACACCUACGCAAUGCAGUUGACCAACCACAGAGUCUGGGACUAUGCUGGAGAUAACUACGUCCAUCGACUGGUUGCAAGUAAAACUGAUGGGAAGAUAGUUCAGUAUGAGUGUGAGGGAGAUAUGUGUCAGGAAGAGAAAAUUGAUGCCUUACAAUUAGAGUACUCAUAUUUGCUAACAAGCCAGCUGGAAUCACAGCGAAUCUAUUGGGAAAACAAGAUUGUCCGAAUAGAAAAGGAUACGGCUGAAGAGAUUAACAACAUGAAGACCAAAUUUAAAGAGACCAUUGAGAAGUGUGACAGUCUGGAACAGAGGCUGAAUGACUUGCUCAAAGAAAAGCAGUCUGUCGAAAGGAAGUGUUCUCAGCUGAAUAACAAAGUGGCUAAACUUUCCAACGAGCUGAAGGAGGAGCAAGAACUGAAUAAGUGUUUGCGAGCGAAUCAAGCCUUGCUUCAGAACAAACUAAAGGAGGAGGAGAGAGUGUUAAAGGAAACCUGUGAACAGAAGGACCUGCAGAUCUCUGAGAUCCAGGAGCAGUUGCGGGAUGUCAUGUUCUACUUAGAGACGCAACAGAAAAUCAAUCACCUCCCAGCUGAGACCCGACAGGAGAUUCAGGAAGGACAGAUCAACAUCGCAGUGGCAUCUUCUGCCAGCUCCUCCACGGGGGGCACGGGCAAACCUUCUUCCAGGAGAGGCCGUGGCAAGAGGGGCAAAUGAAAAUCGCAAUGCUCUGCUCCCAGACUGAAACUGGCUGUGCUGGUGGUAGGCCAGGCUCACCUCUUGGGACUCUGGCUGGGUACACCCAGUUCACUAAAGCUCAGCUAGAAAUUGUCUUCAGAGCUGCUCAUAAAACUGGCUGCCAGUCAGUGGAGGUGUCUGUGGUAUUUAAAAGCAUUUCACUGCACUAUUUAGCUAUUUUUAGGCAGAUCUUAAUGACCAUUUUGCCUUCCUACCUUUUCAAAGCCCCUCUUAUCAUGCAUUUGACUUUCUUCUUGGAGAGUGUACUGUUUUGGGGUGGGUGGGUGUGUACAUGUUAAAGAUCGCAUUCCCUACGGGGAUGCUGUAGAGUAGGCUAGGCCCAGUGUGUAAGGCUUCUCCAGUUCUUCUCCUGGAUUAAAAGUAUUCUCAAGUAAGAAAUGAUUUUAUUUAAUAAAUGGUGUAAAUUAGAUUAUAUACAUCUCCUCCUAGUAUGUGCGGUCCUAACACUGCAGAACUGCUAGUGCAGGAGUAGAACUGUAGUUUGGAAAUAAAAAGGAGUGAGGUGUGGAAAAUAAACUCUCUUAGUGGUGUAAGAAACUGAGCGAGUCCUAAAGGCUUGUAAUCUAGGAUAUUAAAUGCUUUAAGGGGCUUGGCUACUAUCUCUUUCUUCAUUGUAACGAUGGCCUUUGAAAGACCAGUGCUUGCUGCCUUUGGGGCAGAAAGCAUGAAAGUUUUAUAUUCUGGACACUGAUGACUGUGGUUAUUUUACAGGCAUUUCUACAAAUUAGGUAGAGCCAUCUUUG